CGGGUCGGGUCGGUGCUAGCUGACGAAGACUCCCAUUAAAUAAUAGAGUUAGAUGCAUGCACUCUCACCUCUUUGCCAAUCCCAUUUUCCAGCCACAAAAACUAUUUUUGUUGAUUGAGUUUCUUGAUUCUUGAAUUUGGGAAAAAUGGAUGCAGUGUGUGUGAGUAGGUACCACAGCCACCAGCCCAGCGAGCAUCAGUGCUCUUCUUGCGUGAUGAACCACAUCAAGGCGCCAGUUGACAUUGUUUGGUCGUUGGUUAGGAGGUUCGAUCAGCCACAAAAGUACAAGCCCUUUGUUAGCCGGUGCAUUGUGCAAGGUGAUCUGAAGAUUGGAAGUGUUAGAGAGGUCAAUGUGAAGUCGGGUCUCCCUGCAACGACGAGCACCGAGAGGUUGGAAAUGCUCGAUGAUCAAGAACACAUACUUGGGGUCAAGUUUGUUGGUGGUGAUCAUAGACUUAAGAAUUACUCAUCGAUAAUCACAGUCCAUCCCGAUGUAAUUGAUGGGAGGGUGGGGACAAAAGUGAUCGAAUCAUUCGUUGUGGAUGUGCCGGAUGGGAAUACUCAAGACGAAACAUGCUACUUCGUGAAAGCCCUGAUCAACUGCAACCUCAAGUCUUUGGCUGAUGUCUCGGAGAGAAUGGCGAUGAGAGGACUAGUUUCAACCAGCCGGCCACCCAGUCUUCGUUGAUAAUAAAAUGCAGACGGCGCCAUUUCAAGAUGGCCUUCGGGGACGUCUUGUUGUGCCUGUAUGUUUUUUUUGAUGGAGCAAGUUAUUGUUAGCAGAUGAAGAAUGUAUCCAUGUACAAAGCAUCUCCUGCUAUUUGCAAAUGGCUGUGUAGAUGUAUAUGUAUAUAUAUAUAUGUGUUAUGUACUGUAUGAUGAAUCCGCGAA